CGCAACGUGAAUAAUGUGUUGAAAUUAUGGAUUUAACUUCGGGAGGAGCUGUGCCGUCCUCAAAGCCUUCUUUUCCUUGUUCAAUCUGCGGAUUUGUCUGCACGACCAAAAGCGCCUUCACCAAACACAACGGAAGCAACAAAUGCAAGGAGAAUGUGGUGCGUCGGCAGCGCGGACUGGACACAUCAGCCACCAACCAAGUUUCCGCCACGGUCUCCAGUUCCAGCCUUCUAGACCAGGUGAAGUUUCUGAGAGCAAAUUGUCGAUUAGUAAAGCGUAUUCCCAAAGGCGCUCGCAGAGCAGUCGCCACAGCGUUGAAGCGCGUAGUUUCUCGGUGUGUUACGGAAAACUCAGAAAAAUCAUGGGAAGACCUGCUUACGUUUGCAUAUUUCGUGUUUCGUUUACCAGGGAAAGCAAAGAGCGAUCGAACCCAGUCUUUAGCCUCGCUGAUUAAAUGUAAUAUUGCUAGCUUUGAGUCAGGGGUUAGAGAAAUUCCCGUCGCACCUGCCCAACCGCUACGUCCUUUUGAUUUACCGAAAUUCGUUCAAGGGAAAAUUCAAAAUGGCGACGUGUCAGGAGCUGUCCGCAUUCUUUGUUCAGGAGACGCUCUUGCGCCCCGCACGGCAGCCACUUUCGCAGAACUGCAGAACAAACAUCCGGCUGCCAACCCGGACGCUUGCUACCCAGUAUUGUCUUCAGCUCAGAGAGAUCAGAUAAGCCGUGUCAAACAAAAAGAAAUAUUCGAAGCGAUUACCAGCUUUCCGAACGAUUCGGCUGGUGGUCUAGAUGGGUUUAGACCGCAGCAUUUCAAAGACAUGAUAAACGAUAUCACGGACGAUAGCUCUGGCCAGUUGUGUGAAGUUCUAGCCCAAUUAGCGGAUAAUAUGCUAGCCGGUCGGGUUCCCGAAAAAAUUGUGCCUGUACUUUACGGCGCAAGUUUAACAGCCUUAAAUAAAAAAGGAGGAGGUAUAAGACCUAUUGCGGUCGGUAGCACUAUACGCCGUAUAGUCGCGAAAAUUGUGAUUAAACGCGUACAACAGCAAAUGGGUGAAAAACUGAGGCCGAAACAGAUGGGUUUCGGUAGUCCCGGCGGCUGCGAGGCAGUUGUACAUGCGGCUAGACGUUUUGUCACAAGUCCAUCAGAUGAGGUGCAAGUUCUCGUAAAGUUUGAUUUUCGUAAUGCCUUUAACACGAUCCAUCGCGAUAAAAUGCUACAGUGUGUGCAAUCCGAAUUACCAGAAUGUUUGCAUUUUAUUAGCCAGUGUUAUCGAGAUCCCAGUAGUUUAGUAUUCGGCGAGUGGGACAUUCUUUCCCAGGCCGGCGUGCAGCAGGGAGAUCCAUUAGGCCCUCUGUUAUUCUCUCUUCUUAUACUAGCGCUAAUUUUGUCUUUGUUGUCGCCCUUGAAUGCAUGGUAUCUAGAUGAUGGCGUCAUAGGCGGCAAAUUAUGCGAGGUAUUAGCUGAUGUGGAUAAGGUCAUUGCUACUGCACAUGAAUAUGGUCUAGAACUAAAUCUCACAAAAUGUGAAUUCUUUGUUUUCGGCGGCACAGCGCUAGAUCGUGAAAUUGUGCGGGAAACGUUCAUUAAGUGCCACCCAGAAUUCUUACAACCCACUGAAAGUGAAUUGUUACUGCUGGGCGCUCCUCUUUUGCAGGCCGCUAUUCCUGAUGCGAUUGCCAAAAAGACCGAAGAUCUGCAAAGGCUCUCUUCAAAGCUAAGUGUUUUGCCUGCUCAUCAAGCAUAUUAUCUCCUGCGUACCUGUAUUUGUGUCCCAAAAAUGAACUACCUACUUCGCGCUAGUCCGACCUGGCUCUGUACAGACGAGCUAGAAGUUUUUGAUAGCGUGAGCAAAUCGGCACUUGAGUCAGUUACCAAUGUCAGAUUUGAUAGUGUCACUUGGGCUCAAGUUUCGCUUCCCGUUUCCAGUGGUGGGCUAGGGAUCAGGCGUGUGGCAGAACUAGCGACUUCAGCCUAUUUGGCUUCGGUUUACGCCACGUCGUCUCUGGUUUCAAGCAUCGCUCUGAACGGAUAA